CAGGAACGAUUAUUGGAUCACAUAAGCCUUGGACCAAAUAUCGCAAAAAAUGUUGCAUUAAAGGAAAACCUUUUCAUGAUGGUUAUCUGCAUUGAGCUUAGAAUUCCUUUGUUUUUGAUUGGAAAACCAGGCAGCUCAAAAUCUUUGGCUAAAACAAUCGUGGCUGAUGCAAUGCAAGGAAAUUCCUCACAAUCUGAUUUUUUUAAACAAUUCAAACAGGUUCAAAUGGUGUCGUUUCAAUGUAGUCCCCUCUCAGUAGCUGAGGGAAUUUUAGGAACUUUUCGACAAUGUGCAUUGUACCAAAAGCAGAAAAAUCUUCAAAAAUUCGUAUCAGUGGUUGUUUUAGAUGAAGUUGGGCUCGCAGAAGACUCCCAAAAAAUGCCACUCAAGUCGUUGCAUCCGUUGUUGGAAGAGGGAUAUGAUAGUGACAAUGAGGAGAAGGACACCCACGAUACUACUGGAGACAAGAGCUACAGAAAGGUAGCAUUCAUUGGGAUUUCAAAUUGGUCUUUGGACCCAGCUAAAAUGAACCGUGGGAUUCUCGUUCAAAGAGAUGUUCCCGAGCUGUAUGAUUUGAUUGAAAGUGCAAGGGAUAUUUGUCGUGCUGAUACUAAAAAGGAACAACAACAUGUCGAAAAAUUUAUAGAGCCUUUGGCAGAAUCCUACAAUGACGUAUUUGAAGCUGUGGUGGAAAAGAGAAGGGAAUUUUUCGGUCUGCGGGAUUUUUACAGUUUAAUAAAAAUGCUGUACGGAUUCUGUGGAAAGAAUAACAGAAACCCGACAUGGCUUAUUUUGAAACACUGCAUCAAGCGUAACUUUGGAGGAUAUGAUGAAACUGAGGUGCCUGUACUCAAGAUAUUUAAAGAGAAACUGAAGUCUUUCCUCCAGGUGGACAUUGAAACGCCCCUUCCUGGGGACCCAGACUGCUCUCCUGCAGGUCUUAUUGAAGGUUGUCUAAGGGGAGACAAAUUCGUGGACCCUGUUAAUGUUACUGAAGCAGCAAUGGUUGCAAAUAUCACGCACGACAGUAAGGAACCAACAAGCGAUACAAGAUAUUUACUCUUACUGACAGAAAAUUAUGGUGCACUAUCAGUACUGCAGCAAAAGAUUUCAUCAAUCCAAAAUGCUGUCACGAUAUUUGGAAGUAAUUUUCCAAGUGAUCAGGAGUACACACAGAUCUGCCGCAACAUCAACCGUAUUAAAGUUUGCAUGGAGAGUGGAAACACCGUUGUGCUUCUGAAUCUUGAAAACAUAUACGAAAGUUUGUAUGACGCACUUAAUCAGUACUAUGUUUUCUUUGGUGGAGAGCGGUAUGUAGAUUUAGGCCUUGGAUCCCACAGAGUAAAAUGCCGCGUGCAUAAGAAUUUCAGACUUGUUGUAAUAGCUGAAAAAGAAACUGUAUACGAAAGAUUUCCAAUACCACUUAUCAAUAGGCUAGAGAAACACUUUCUUGAUAUUUCAACGUUGCUCUCUGAAAAACAACAGGAACUAGAAAAAACUUUGAAGAAAUGGAUUAACACGUUUAUCGGGAAAAAACAGAGACCAACCAUCCAAGAAGGAGAAGUUUUUAUGGGCUACCAUGAAGACACCUGUGCUGCCAUAAUAAUAUACCUUAGUCAGAGGAAACCCGAGAUAUCAGACAUCUUAAAUGAAGCAAAACGUGUUCUUCUGUGGUGUGCAACAUCUGAUUCGAUUCUUCGAUGUGGAUCUUAUUUACCUCAAGAAGAACAAAGCAUUCAUAAAAUUUACUUCAAAGACCAACACCACGAAAAUUUGUUGGAAUUUCUAUCAAAUGCUGGAGACAGAUAUAUUCAGGUUACUACUCAUUCACAACUGAUGACUGAAACUGAUAUCCAGGAGUUAUCUCGAGGGUUGGAGCUGAAGAGAGACCAAAUUUUACCACUGUCGCUGCAGUCUUUCGAAACAGAACAACAGUUCUGCAGACAGAUUAAAUAUUUCUUCGAUGGAAAGGAUUCCAAAGAUCUUCUCCUGAUUGUACAGUGUGAAAAUGGAAAUAAAAACACAAAUUGGAUUGCAAGUGCCCAGUAUUGUGUUCACGACCUAAUGCAACAUCUUGACAAGCACAGAACAAAGAAAUGUCAAGUUGUUUUCAUCAUACAUCUCCCUAGGAUUUCCAUUGCAAACUUCACCGGAUUUCAGUGUGGUGUUUGGAGAUCAGUACACAUCGAUGACGUUAGAAAUAUUGAUGACGGUAUUCCAUCAAUAAUUUCUUUAAAAGGAGAAAGUAUCGGAAACCUUCUUAAAAAAUCGUUAUCCCAAGGGAAUACCCAGGAUAUGGCAUCAGAAAAACAAAGAACAACUGUUGACAUACCAACAAUAUUAAAUCUUUGCAUGUAUUCGGCAUUGUCUGUGAUUAGGGACCCACCUGGAAGAAUUACAAGAAUUACUGAAAGGCUUGAAAUUCUAUUUCAAAGAGUAAAACAAGAGACAGUGGCAUCAGGACAAGAAAACUUUUUAUCUGGACUUGUUUUGCACAUAGCAUCCUUAGUAUUUGAAAAGGAAGAAAAUUACAUCCCACACAAAGCAAAUAAAUGGCUCGUGGAGGAAUCUUUUAGAUGGGAUAAAAUUCAUAGAACUGGAACUUUUAGAAAAGCAGUUGCUCACGGUAUUGCAGAUAGAUUGUCGCCAAUUUUGGCUUUUGUUGUUUCGUAUUUUGAUACAAACAACAACCUUGAUUUCCUACUACCAAAAUGUGAAUUGUCUUGGAAACAGAAAUUGAUGAACAAGAUUACAAACAGCAUUUCUGCAACAGAAUUGAAGUAUCAAGAUAUGCUUUCACCCACAAACAUGCAAAUAAAUGAAAUAGCAAUUAAAGGAGUUGGAUUUAAAAACAGCGUUUUUCAGGCCAACGUUCCAUUCUCGUGGCUCGUGUAUCGUCUAGUUGAAUCAAAUAUUGCAGCAAACAAGGAAUCAAAUAAAGGUUAUUGGAUUGUUCCCCAGGUUAUUGCAAAUUCUCCUCUUGGAAAACUUUUAGAACAAAAUGUAAACCGAGAUGAAGAGGACGAAUAUAUACAAGAUUACAUUCAAGAUUUCAUUCAAAUGUGUUAUUAUGUGACAUGUGAUCAAGAACAGAAGAUUGUUUACGACUGUAUUUUGCAAUGUUGGAAACAGAAAGAACUGAAAAACGAUGCAAAUAUUCUUGACAAACUUGUUUCAGUACAUGAUGUGUUCAUAACGCACGCAAGGAGGCUUAAAAACUUUUCUCAAAUUCAGAACAUGUGGUCUUUUUGUUGCCAAAACAUUGAGCUCUUUAAACAAAAAAACCCAGACUUCUAUCUACAUUCACAUGCAGAAAUGAAUUUAGAUGUUCUUGGUCUGUACCACCUCUUGGAAAACUUAAACCCAAGUCCAUAUGACGAUGAAUCAGACGUUUCACCUGAUGCCUCAGAUCCCGACACGAGGAAAUACUUCGAUUUCAAUCACGUAAAGGAAAGAUUGCUUUGGUUGCGUCAGGUUAAUCUAUUUCGCCCAGUUGUUGAGCAAGUCAUAGCCUCAAUUAACGAAGAUUCGGACAGAAAAGAAAUUCGCAACGACGGAAUUAGAAAGAUAAGAUAUAUGUGGACUCGAGUUAUAAUUUUGAAGCUGUCCCUUGAACAUAUAUUUAGUUAUGAGAAUUACGAAUCAACAACAUGUAUUGGUCUUUGGCACGUCUUGGGGGAGGAUGUUGACAUGACUUGCCCAGAAGACUUACAGAAAAUACAUACUUUUCUGGAAAACUGCAUCACCAAAGCUGCAAGCGACACUUUCGGUGAUCAACGAAUGUGCGCAAUCUGUGAGGAAGAUCUAAAUAAAACGCCAAAGCAGCUUCAGUGCCCAAGUGUUGUAUGUGAGACGUGUUGUAGCAAUUCUGUCCACUGGGAAUCAAAUGAGUGUCCAGUAUGCCAUGUUGAUCACCCACGUGACAGUAAAUUGAGUGAACAACAGAUAGAAAAAUAUCGGACUUAUCGGAAAAAUUGCAACAGCUUCUUCAUGGACGUUGUUUUACAGCUAUGCUUUCCCACUGGAAAUUUACCUUGUGAGCGUCUUUUAGAAAUGUUGAUGGAUAUUGUCAAGGGGGACAUGAAGAUUGAUCAUGGAUUGGAGAUAACCAGCAAAGAAAUGCACGAAAUUGACAUGAAUUUGGACGCAAAUCCUAUCGUAAAAGUAUUUCUUUUGCAGCAGAUAUUAAGACGCAACAUUUCAAUGCAGAAUAUGGCAAAAUAUCUACAGCUGCCAGAAAGUAUUGUUGAUGACCGACGACAAAUUACUUUAUACAUGCUUUUUAUUCAAUGUUAUGAGGAUACACUUCAUCAGUCUGAAUCAAAUGAACAAAAGCAAGUAAGAGAAAAAUUGAUUGCAACUCAGAUGUUGACAAAAUCUGAAGACGGAAAUGUGAAUACAGAGGGGCCUGUCAGUUUACUACUUCAUGUAGCUAAGCUGCGAUAUGCUCUCUCUAUUGCUGCAAAGUAUAUUAAUGCUCGCUUUGUUGAAAAGUCUCAUAAAAAUACAGAUAAACUGCAAAAACUUCUGAGUGCAACCAAGUCUCUAUGUGAACGCCAUGCCACUGACAAUCCAAAGAAAUUUCUAAUUAAGCAGCUUUCUAAAAGAUUUGGGCUCAAUGCUUACAUGAAGGCGUGCUGCAUACCUGAACUGGGAUGGUUGAAAGACAAUCUAUAUUUCCGAAACGAGGAAAUAACUUGUGUAGACAGAUUUGUGGUAUGUGGUGACGAGUAUAUAGAGCUACUGAAAAAAAUCGAACUUUCAAAAUUUAAGGAAAUAACAGAAUGGUUUUCAAAAAGCACGAUUCUCAACAAAAAUCAGAAGAAGACUGUAUUAGCACUGGCAGUUUUUCGUCAGAUUACAUUGUCUUUUUGCAACGAGGAGCUAGUUGCUACGGAAAAGUUCUCAGGGGUGAUGAAAAAGACAAAAGAAUAUUUAUGUCAGGAGCAGAUUCUUCAUGAUCAGAAAGAGCUUGUAAACAUGCUUUGUCAAAACGAAUUAUGGAAGGAAGACCCACAUUUGAAGAUCUGUGGAAACAUCGAGAAGGACCAACAAAGUUCUGUUGCUCUGCUUUUUCAUCUUUAUAUCACUCUAACAUUUGCUGACGAAAACAGUCUUCUAUUGCCGUUAAAAAAACUGAUGGAAAACCCUGGCAUGAUGCAGAAUUCUUAUCUUCCAACAAUGCCACUUGACGUUGCUGAUGAACUUGCAGCUUCAAUUUUACAGCAUAAUAAAGAUGCAUCAAAGAGAGAAACACUUUCGAUAUAUUUGUGUCCAAACAAACACCCGUAUGUAAUUGGAAAUUGUGGAAGACCAUUUAUAGAGUACACAUGUGGUGUUUGCCGAGCGAAAAUUGGAGGAAAGCUCCAUGUUGCAGCAGAGGGGAAUAUGCAAUAUACAGAUAUAGGCUCACGUUCCAUUGGACAUAUAUUAGGCAAGGCAGAUGAAAGGGAGCUUGACGCUAAAACAUGUCGCAAAAUGAAUAGGCUACAGGCAGCCUUCUUACGAUUUUUUACAAAUGGAGCUCUAUACCUAGGAGCAAUAAAAAACAAAGAGGCGACACGUCAGAUCCUAAAACCGGAAGUCAAGAAUGAGGAAGUGUCGGAAUAUUUGUGGAAACACAUCGAAAUUGAUCUUGCUGUACUUCAGAGGUCAAUGGGAGGAAACAUGGAUUCUGUUCUUAUUCUUCUUCAUAAGUGUUGCCAGCUUAUGAUGAUGGAUAGGACUACACAAGCAGCAAAUCUUGAACAAAUGGAAUCCAGAGAAGAAUGGGAAUUCAAAUUCACGGAAGCCAUAUUGAUUGAAACUUUAAAGGAAUCGGAUACAAUCAUGAAAGAAGUCAAUAAUUUGACAACAAAGGCCACAGAAGAAGAUGCUAUUGAGAAACCAAGUAAAAUAGAGGAUUUGCAUGAACACCCAGCAGCCUGGUCAUACAGGUCUCAGAUUGAUAUGGACCAUUUCUCGUUGACUUUCAUGACUAAAAUACCUCCAGAUAUGCUAGUGGUGCUACGGGGAUUCGUUGACCAGAGUCACACUCUUAGGUUUAUCCGAUUAAUUCCAAGCAUUUUGACACUGCAAAAAAUAAUAACCCAAAAAUUUCAAAGAAAGAUUGACAGAAGAGAUGCCUCAACAACAAAAAUAAGAAAAAUGAUGGAUAUGUUCGACGAUGAGGAGCAGAGGGAAACUUUGAAAAAACUUCUAGGGGAUUUCUUCGAGGCAUGGAAAGGUCUCCGAAAACAAUUGGAAAGAUUUGUUUUUCCAGGACUAAGUUUAGUUCCAAAAGAACUUUGUCAAAAAGACAUAACAGAUGACAACUUAAUGAACGUGUUGCUUCCAUCUGCUCGGGGCCCCGGAGUCUGCACCCUUUGCCUGUUGUUUUUCCUUUUUGAGAAACAAAAUGAUUUCCUUCAACUGUAUUACACAGACAAAAAAUUAGAAAACAGAAUGGCUGAUGUCCUUAUUUCGGAUAUAACUGCAGCCCAUCUCAUCAGUUAUCAUGUAGAGAGGGACAUACUUCCGAUUGUUAUCGCAAACAGCAAUUAUUCGUUUGAUCUUAACUCUGAGACAAGUAUUGAGUACAACUUUCAGAGCAUAGAACGACAAAUAAUUGAUCGGUUUCUAUUCACCAAGUCAUCUAUCAAAAUGGAUAUCAAACAGAUAACUUUGAUGACAUAUCGCUCUGAAUCUACGAAUUGCAAUGUUCUUCAAAAUCUGCGAUCAUCUGUUCCUCAGGUGCCUCUUAAGCGAUCCCUUUGUAAAUCAAUUUGUUCAGAGAUUCGCUCGUAUACAGAUGUGUGUGAUUCCUUGGACAUGCUUGACAUUUCAAUUAAUUUCCUCACUUCUGUUAGAGGUGAUCCAGAUAGGUAUUUCGAGGAUUUUAUGAUGAAUACUUUGCGAAUGGAAUCUUCAGUAUCAAGUCAACAGGCAAAAAGCAACUGUCAGUGCAAACAUGUACAGUCGUUAUGGAUUACAUUAGCAUCGCUAAGGACAAAGUACCAAGCGUCUGCCGGUAAAGAGGAAGCAUUUAGUGGUAUACAACAAGACCUAAUGAUUGAUCUAAAUGAUGAGCAGAAACAAAUCAUUGAGGAAAGAACCUCUGAAAUUCCCCUGGAGCAUAUAGAAACAUUUCUUGAGAUCCUUUUCGAGUGUAUUAUGCUGAAUAUAACAAUGCCAGAGGAAAGUGAGGAAGAUAGUAGAGUUGAUACAAGCCUGUAUGGAACUCUCUAUGGAUACAUUGAUGCACGUGCCUAUAAUGAUGAUGAAAAUGAGCCAUUUCCAGACUGGGCAAUGACAUAUAACGACAAGCUGAUACUAAGUGACGAAAAUAACCAAAUCAGGAAUUGCCAGGCGAUUGACACGUGGGUGCUGUUAUAUGGGAUUUACAACAAAAAGAGCCGACGCUAAGACGCUAACAUAGCAUGUAUGAAGAAAAUAUUUAUCAUGCUAAUUCAUUUUAGCAUGAAACAGAAUGAACUUACACAUUUGAAGAAAGUGAAAAUUGAGUAGUUUUUUGUUUGGAUCUUUUAGUUAAUGGAAUAUAUAUGUGAUUUAUGUAUAAAAAAAAUGCAAUGUAAUGUACAUGCAUUGAUGAAUAAUUAGGCUAAGAUAGAUUUUACAAU